GUUGGAUAAUCUCAAACAAAAUGAUGAUUUCGCCCUUUCAUUCUAAUACUCUUGUUUCGAUUUUCAAAUUUGCUGGUUUUCUUUUCAUCUGAAGCGUCCAAUUUCUCCAUUACUCCAUCAAACCGCUGGUGACUUCCAAGAUGCCAGGAGAAGUAAUCGACAGACCAAAUCCACCACCACUGCCGAGCCAACUACCGGAUGAGACCUUGUAUCUUGCUGCAAGAGUUCCAAAAAUCCACUUGGACCAGAAUGUGUCGCAGUCCUUGAAGGAUUUCCAACAGGCGGCCUGUUACAUCGCAGGGUCUAUGAUAUUUCUCAAAGACAAUGUAAUGAUUGACAGGGACUUAAAACUUGAAGACGUCAAGCCACGGCUACUAGGUCACUGGGGAACAUGCCCUGGGAUCAUCCUUGUGUGGUCUCAUCUUAACUUGUUGAUUCGAAAGCACGACCUGGAUGUCAUGUUUGUCAUCGGCCCAGGGCAUGGUGCCCCGGCUGCUCUAGCUGCCCUUUGGCUUGAGGGAUCAUUGGGGAGGUUCUUCCCUGACCAGUACCCCAUCGAUGAACGUGGAUUGAAAAACCUCAUAUCUGGGUUCUCGGUUCCUGGAGGGUUCCCAAGUCACAUCAAUUCUGAAACCCCAGGCGCUAUCCAUGAGGGUGGUGAACUGGGCUAUGCGCUUGCUGUCUCCUUCGGUGCUAUAAUGGACAACCCUGAUUUGAUAGUCACAUGUAUCAUCGGCGAUGGAGAGGCAGAAAGCGGUCCAACCGCAGCCGCCUGGCAUUUGAUCAAGUAUCUAGACCCGGCGGAGUCUGGGGCUGUCAUUCCGAUCUUGCAUGUCAAUGGAUUCAAGAUCAGCGAACGUACUAUAUUUGGUUGCAUGGAUGAUAAAGAGCUGAUCUGUCUGUUCACUGGGUAUGGAUACCAGGUGUCCAUCGUGGAAACAUUGGAAUCCAUCGACGUCGAACUCGCCAGCGCAUUGGAUUGGGCCUUGGGUGAGAUCCAAAAGAUCCAGUCGGCUGCCCGAGACGGCAAGCCGAUUGUGAAGGCCCGGUGGCCUAUGAUUGUGCUCCGAUCACCCAAGGGUUGGACUGGCCCAAAGAAGGUGGAUGGCGAGUUUAUUGAGGGCUCUUUUCGCUCUCACCAGAUUCCUGUCCCCAAUGCGAACAAAGAUAAAGAUCAUUUGAGGAUCCUGCAAUCUUGGCUUCAAACAUAUGAGCCAAGUAGAUUGCUCAAGGAUGGCACGCCAACCAAGAGCAUUCUCGACAUCAUACCAGAGAAAGACUCUAAGAAGCUCGGGCAGCUGAAGCAAACAUACGACUCAUACCAACCGCUGAAUAUGCCCAGCUGGAAAUCCUUUGCUGUCGAAAAAUUCCAACACGUCAGCUGUAUGGAGGAGACAGGCAAAUUCCUGAACCAGGUUGUCCUUGACAACCCCACAAGCUUCCGAGUCUUCUCUCCUGAUGAGCUAGAGAGUAACAAGCUGAGCAGCGUUCUUCAAAAUACGGGCCGAAACUUUCAAUGGGAUGAGUAUGCUCGCGCAAACGGCGGUCGCGUCAUCGAGAUUCUCUCGGAGCACUGCUGUCAGGCGCUUCUCUCGGGCUAUACAUUGACAGGUCGUACGGGCCUGUUUCCAAGCUAUGAGUCAUUCCUGGGAAUCAUCCAUACGAUGAUGGUGCAGUACUCCAAGUUCAACAAAAUUGCCCAAGGUGUCAAGUGGAGAGGUGAUCUCAGCUCCAUCAACUACCUGGAGACAAGCACUUGGGCCCGCCAGGAGCACAACGGUUUCUCGCAUCAGAACCCUUCCUUUAUUGGAGCCGUUCUGAACCUGAAGCCAGAAGCUGCGCGGGUCUAUUUGCCACCAGAUGCCAAUUGCUUCCUCAGCACGGUACACCAUUGUCUCAAGUCGAAGAACUACGUCAACCUGAUGAUUGGUUCGAAGCAACCAACCGCCGUCUACCUCUCCGCCGAGGAUGCUGCUGAGCACUGCAAGAAAGGCGCAUCAAUCUGGAAGUUUGCAUCGAACGAUGACGGACAGACCCCCGACGUUGUCAUUGUAGGGGUCGGCGUUGAAGUGACGUUCGAAGUGGUCAAAGCCGCCGAGUUGCUCAGAGAUUUGCUGCCUGACCUUCGAGUUCGUGUCGUCAAUGUCACUGAUUUGAUGGUCCUUGCAGCUGAAUCGCAUCACCCACACGCGCUCAGCCACAUUGAGUUCCAAGGUCUGUUCACAGAAGACCGGCCGGUGUGCUUCAAUUACCACGGGUACGCAACUGAGCUCCAGGGACUGCUGUUUGAGCGCCCACGUCUGGACAGGAUUAGUGUCAAUGGCUAUAAUGAGGAAGGCAGUACGACAACCCCUUUCGAUAUGAUGCUAGUCAAUUCUGUCAGCAGGUUUGAUGUCGCUGCGAGGGCGAUUAAGGGUGCCGCCACGCACAAUGAGCGGGUGAAAGAGAAGCUUGAUGAGGGAUUGAAGGAGAUUGCAAAGAGGGUGCGGGCGGUAAAGCAAUACAUUAGUACUCAGGGCAAAGAUCCUGAAGACUUAUACGACAUGCCCAAAUUUUAGGAGGAAUGGGAUAUGAUGAGAGGCCUCAAACAUUUCUAACAAUAGCAACUGCGAAUAAUGACACACAUCUCAGCUCCCUUUUAGGCGUUAUAUGUCACGCGUCAGCCUUUGUGGCUGAUACAGGCCUUAAGCCGUACCUGAGGACACGGGCGACGGUGAAUUGAAACGAAAUGAGGUCGUUUAAACCUGGUCCGCGUGUUUAUCCCGAUACCUGCAAUUCAGGAUCGGUAGGUCGUAUAUCUUACUGAAGGAAGACAUUGCGAAGACAAUCUUGACUGGCUUGUCCUGCUGAACUAGGAC